AUGGACAGCGGUGGCGUGCGGCCAUCGCUUCCGUCCACGGCGGCGGCGGGAGGAACCUCCGUCCCGGACAAGCCUCGUGACGCGCGUGUGGUGCGGGAGCUCCUCCGGUCGAUGGGGCUCGGCGAGGGCGAUUACGAGCCGCGCGUCGUGCACCAGUUCCUGGACCUGGCCUACCGCUACGUCGGGGACGUGCUCGGCGACGCCCAGGUCUACGCCGACCACGCAGCCAAGCCCCAGCUCGACGCCGACGACGUCCGCCUCGCCAUCCAGGCCAAGGUCAACUUCUCCUUCUCCCAGCCGCCGCCCCGCGAGGUUCUACUUGAAUUGGCACGCAGCCGGAACAAGAUCCCGCUGCCCAAGUCUAUCGCUCCACCUGGCUCGAUUCCUCUGCCACCUGAGCAGGACACUUUGUUGAGUGAAAACUACCAGCUCCUACCCGCACUGAAGCCACCAGCUCAGACUGAAGAGACGAAAGUUGACAACGAGGGAGCCGACGCGAUCCCUGCCAAUCCUAGUCCAAACUAUUCACAGGAUCAGAGGAGCAGCGAGCAACAUCAGCCUCACAGCCAGAGCCAGAGGGUUUCUUUCCAACUGAACGCGGUGGCUGCCGCGGCUGCAAAGCGUCCUUUAGUGACAAUUGAUCAGUUGAACAUGGGCUAA